UCCUAUAACGGCUGAUUGAUUGCUUCUCCUGCUAUGUUUCUUUCUUUCUCUUUCAUCUAGUGACCUGCUCUGGGACAUCACAGUCAGUGUGUUCUGCUGCUUGAAAAGAAUAAAUGGCAAUUUUUUGAGGAAGGAAGGAAAAUGUUGGAAGAGACAGCAUUGUCACCAGAGACUACAGAGGAGGUGGGAAGAUUAGUGAGUAUAGCCCAGAGGUCAGAUCCUCUCCCGCGGGUCACUUUUGACGCACCAGAGAAGCCAGGGGAUGAACUCUCUCACAGAAAGUUGGCCAAAUUAACCACCAAGUAUAACCGGAGAGAUCUUCAGAGGUGGUUAGACCUAGAGGAAUGGAUUGAUGCCCAGUUGCAAGAGCUCUAUCAAUACCAGUUGCAGGAGGAGGCAGAAGCAACAGCAGCCCCAGAGCCAGAAAUUGACAUUGAAGAUCUUCUUGAAGUCUCUAAUGAAGAACAGAAAUCAAAACUACAGGAAAUUCUUCAUGAGUGCUCCAGACCUACAGAGGACUUCAUCACAGAACUGCUCGAUCGAUUGAGAGGUCUCAGGAAAAUUGCCAGCCCUCAAAAGAAAUGAUGACAGAACCAAAACCAAAAAUGCAUCAACAUGUAGAAGCAAAUGAUCAGGAGAAAUUGACAUGGAAUUCCAGCUCUGCACAGCAUGGUGCACAACAUAUUUCAAAGCAUCUGUGUUCAUCCUUGUUUUGGAUGCAUAUCUGCAGGCCAUGGCUCUUGUGUGGGGAGAGGCCAUAAUUUGGGGUGGGGAUAGGUAGAUUAGAUGCCAUGUUUGUCAAAGGGCCCAGAUUCAAUCUCCAUAGUCUUUAGUGGUUCAUGUAGCAGGACUGGGAAUCUCUGCCUGAAGUUCUGGAGAGCUUCUGCAGGCAAAGGAGUCAAUACUGGACUAAAUGGACCAAUGAUCAUGACAGAGUCAAACUGGACUUGAUAACAAAACAUUCAUAGAACACAGGUCACUACCAAACAGAUAUAAAGCAAGGCCAACUUCUUGCAGAGAAGGGAAAGAAGGGAGAUGAAAAAGGGGCUCUGAUGCCCUCUCUCUCUCUCUGUCUCUUCCUCCCUCCAAUUUCCUGCUCCAACUGCUUCUCUCCCAGUUUGGCUCAAAGACUGGAAGCAAGCCCUGUUGUGAGGUAAGUGGCAGAGCAGAGGGCAGGCAGAUUUGGGAGAGAAACCAAAGCCAGAGGAAGCGUUCAGAACCUCCUUCCUUCCUAUUCAAAUUCUCUGCUUUAAAUCACUCCAGGCUCCUGCUUUCUAUCUAUUUGGCAUUACCUAUUUGCUAACAGGGUAUUGCUAUCAUCACAUCCACAUAGACCCUUAGGUAGCUUUGUGUGUCAGUGUGUGUGUUUGUGUUUCCUCACAAAGCCUCAGUUUUGUCCAUCCUAUCAACCUUUAUAAAGAGCCUCUCUCUUGACUUGACUUUGAACACUUUUGAAAUAAUCAUGGUGCUAUCUAGUCCCAGCAGCCCACAUAAAUUAAAGUUCAUGCCACAUCAUUUUGACAUUUCUAAACUGCCUUCAAAGGCAACCUCAUAUUGAUUACAUUAUAAUAUAAACAUCAUUUUAUUUAUUUAUUUACAUUUAUAUUCCACCUCAGACAGCCAUGAGCCAUCUCUAGGUGAACAAAGAACUGAAAACAUAAAAAUGAUAAAACAGCAAUUGUACAUUACCAAAUGCCUGUGUGAAGAUAUGCAUUUUUAAAGUCCUCUUAAAUCAUG